AUGAUUGGGCUUGUGGCAUUUUUGUCCUGCAUUGGGCUCAUUUGGGCUGAAACACCCUUCAACCACAGAGUGAACAAUGAGAGGAUCAUUGGAGGCAGCAAUGCUAUUCCCUACACCUGGAAAUGGCAGGUCUCUCUCCAAUAUGAUGCACCCAAUGACGGCUCUUACUACCACAUCUGUGGAGGCACCAUCAUCGACGCUCUCUAUGUCAUGACAGCAGCUCACUGUAUCCUCAGUCUGACUCCAAGUGCGUACCGUGUGGUUGCUGGUGAAUAUAACCUGUACGAAUAUGAUGGAAGUGAGCAGUUCAUCAUUGUUGACAGGAUAAACAUCCACCCUGGAUGGACUGGAGACCUAGCUGAUGGAAAUGACAUUGCUAUCCUGAGACUUUCUGAGCCUGUGUAUGACAACGGCUACGUGGCUAUCGCUGACAUGCCCGCCCCUGGACAGAUUCUACCUCAUGACUUCACCUGUUACAUCACCGGCUGGGGUCUUUUGGACUUUCAUGGAAGCACUCCUGACAUCCUCCAGGUGGCUCCCAUCAAUGUGGUGGAGCAUUCAGUCUGCUCUCAGCCUGAGUGGUGGGGAAGCCACGUUCUUGAAUCCAUGGUGUGUGCUGGAGGGGAUGGAGUCAUUGCAGGUUGCCAGGGCGACUCUGGAGGACCCCUCAACUGCUACACUGGCGGAGCCUGGAGGGUCCACGGCGUUGUCAGCUACGGUCCAGCUGGAAUGUGCAACCAAUACAAGAAACCCACCGUCUUCACCAGUGUCUCCUUCUUCAUGGACUGGAUCUACUCUGGUCACAGCUAA